AAUACGAUACACUACGUUCCCUUUAAAUGUACUAUAUAGAUGCAAAUACCGUGCUAACACAGCGUGAAUAUGACAGAACAAACUGUAGCAGAUAUCGCAGAGACUGUAUGCUGGGUAGUAGGAGAAAUAGGACAGUUGAUUGACCCAGAUUACGAUGAUUUCAUAGAAAGGGAGCCAAUAAAACCAAUAAGAAAGGUUUCGCAGGAACGAAUGGAACCAUGGACAACCUGUGAACGGUGGAGGAAACAUGAAGUGCCUCCAUCCGACACCCAACCCAAGUUCAGUGUAAAUCAUGAUGUUAACAACAAGGUAUACAUAGGGACCUGUGAUAUAUUAGAAUUGGAAGUGGGAGCAGUAGCUGUAUUUUUAGAUGAACUCUCACCCUUUGUAUCCAGAACAGCGAAACGCAUCCACAUACAAAGUGGCAAAUCGAUGCCAUACGAGGAAUUUGAAAAAAUGAGAUGUGGCGAUGUAAUGACUCAACGUAGCUAUAACAUUGGCAGUGAAUACGCCAUAUACACUAUCGCACCAAGAUAUGCAAGCAAGUAUCCAGAUGCUUCGGCCAACAUAGUCAACAUGUGUGUCAGGGAAGUGUUGAAAACAGCUAUAGACACUGGUUUGGAUACAGUGGCGAUACCAUUAAAAAUGGGAAGGGAAUAUACCUACCCUGAUGAACAAUUCACUACGGCGGUUCUACGCUCACUUCGGAGGUGGCUGGAAAUACCUGCUGUGUCAAACAAAAUAAAACGAGUCUUUCUAUUCGACAUAGAUACAGAUGCAUAUUCUCUUUUAAGAAGGUUUUUCCCCAGAGAUAAAAACGAGGAGAAACUCAGUGGAGAGCUGAUUGAAAUUGGAAAUGAAUAUGGCGAAAUCGUGAAAGAAGAAAGAAAUAUACGCAUAUCUGCAGGAUUUACAAAUCGUGCUGAUUCACCAGAGGAUACGGAACCUAAAAAGGAACGUCCGCAAGUGAACAUAACGCUGGGCAAUUCCGGUGAUAAUUGUAGAGUUGGGAGUGAUAGGCAACUAUCAGCAAAGGAUUACAAUUUUGACUACUACUACCGACUAUCAUUAUCACUCAUGCAAUCGCCUGUUUACAAGGAAAUGGACGACAGUGGCUUUGCCAUGCUACUAGGACGUGAUAUCGCAGAGAGACCAGUUAUCGCAAUAGAUGCAUCUAGGAUGCCAAGCACAGCAAGCAAUACCCACAUGGUCGCAUAUAUACUGCGGAUUAUGCAGCCAGUCUUGCAAAACAAAUUCGUCGUGGCAUUACUUAACAUGGACCACUCCAUAAUGAUCGCAUCAAAUGUAUGCACGGUGGCAACAGAACUGUUUCAAGUGCUAGGAUACAAACGAUUGCGCAAUUUAGGAGUUGUGUAUGUACACCGCUCUGGAUGGGCAACACGCGGCAUACUCUAUGUUAUGAUGGCCUUUCUUCCAGAAUCCGUUGGAGAAGCUGUUAUAUAUAUAGACUCAGAUCAGGAAUUAGGCAAGUACCUGAAGUUACCUGGAUACCGUAGACGACAUUGAUUGA